UUUCGGCGUUGUUGCUCUGUGCGAAGAUAACCGGUGCAGCUGCAAUGGACCGAGAGUGGGGUUCGAAGCCUGGAAGUGGAGGCGCUGCCUCAGCUCAGAAUGAAGCCAUCGACCGCCGCGAACGGCUGAGGCGGCUUGCACUGGAAACAAUCGAUUUAGCUAAGGAUCCCUAUUUCAUGCGCAACCAUUUGGGAAGCUACGAGUGUAAGCUCUGUUUGACAUUGCACAAUAAUGAGGGGAAUUACUUGGCGCACACACAGGGAAAACGCCAUCAGACUAACUUGGCUAAGCGAGCGGCUCGUGAAGCUAAAGAAGCUCCUGCACAGCCACAGCCUCAUAAGCGCAAAGUUAAUCUUAAGAAAAUUGUUAAAAUUGGCAGACCUGGAUACCGUGUGACUAAGCAAUUUGAUGCAGAGACCAAACAAAGGUCACUACUUUUCCAGAUUGAAUAUCCGGAGAUUGAAGACAAUACAAAGCCAAGGCAUCGCUUUAUGUCAUCAUUUGAGCAGAGAGUUCAGCCAUUUGACAAAAGAUACCAAUAUCUUUUGUUUGCUGCUGAACCGUACGAAAUAAUAUCAUUUAAGGUUCCGAGUACUGAGAUUGAUAAAUCAACUCCGAAGUUCUUCUCCCACUGGGAUCCAGACUCAAAGAUGUUCACUUUGCAGUUAUAUUUCAAGGCAAAGCCACCCGAGGGAAGUAAGCCUCAACCUCCUCCGGCAGCUAAUGGGACAACUGCUCCUGGUGCCCCGCCCAGAUCUUUGCCUCCUCCUCCUCCACCUCCACAAGGACCACCCCCUCCUGGACCACCACCUACUGGAAAUCCACCUAGGCCUCCAUCAUCAAUGCCCGGAUCUAUACCUCCCCCACCCCCUAUGGGUAACGGACCAAGGCCUAUGCCUCCAGGUGGAAAUUUGCCUGCACCACCACCUCCAGCUGGCAGUGGUGCGAUGGCUAAUUUUACCCCGGGUGCGCAAAUGGGUAGGCCUCCUCCUCAGGGGUUUCCUGGGAGCCAGCAGGGGUUCUACCCACCCCCUCCCCCACCGAAUAUGGGUUGACUCUUCACUUCCAGAAAUAGAUGUCUUGAGUAUCAUGCUACCUUGUUUAAACUAUAGAAUCUACAAAAUGGAUGAGUUGGGGUUUGUAGGGGCAAGUGUAUGUUUUGGUUGAAAUCAACAAGAUUUCUUGCUUUUUAUCGCUAUUUCUGUGUUGGAAGUUGCAGUGACAAUUAUUAUUCUCAAAUGAAAUGUAUUUUUCCUUGA